AUGGCCGCCUUGUCCUGCCGCGACGCCGGCGCGGUGGCACAGACGCUGCUGCUUCUGCUUCUGUCGGUGCCGUCGUUUCUGGGGGCAGUUGCCCUGGCCGCCGACCCGCCGUUCUCGUGCGGGCCGUCCGCCACGACGCAGGGGGACGGUUUCUGCGACGCGGCGCGCCCGGCGGCAGAGCGGGCGGCGGACCUGGUGUCGCGGCUAACGCUGGCGGAGAAGGUGUCGCAGCUCGGGGACGAGGCCGCCGGCGUGCCCCGGCUGGGCGUGCCGCCGUACAAGUGGUGGAACGAGGCGCUGCACGGGCUGGCCACCUCCGGCAAGGGCCUCCACUUCAACGGCGCCGUCCGCCGCGCCACCAGCUUCCCGCAGGUCAGCCUCACCGCCGCCGCCUUCGACGAGGACCUCUGGUUCCGCAUCGGCCAGGCGAUUGGCAGGGAGGCGAGGGCGCUGUACAACAUGGGCCAGGCGGAGGGCCUGACGAUGUGGUCCCCAAACGUGAACAUCUACCGCGACCCCCGGUGGGGGCGCGGGCAGGAGACCCCUGGCGAGGACCCCACGACCGCCAGCCGCUACGGUGUGGCGUUCGUGAAGGGCCUGCAGGGGAACUCGACAUCACUGCUCCAGACGUCGGCCUGCUGUAAGCACGCGACGGCAUAUGACCUGGAGGACUGGAACGGCGUGGCCCGCUACAACUUCGACGCCAAGGUGACGGCGCAGGACCUGGAGGACACCUACAACGCGCCGUUCCGGAGCUGCGUGGUGGACGGUGGCGCCAGCUGCGUCAUGUGCGCCUACACCGGCAUCAACGGCGUCCCCGCCUGCGCCAACGCCGACCUGCUCACCAAGACCGUCAAGGGGGACUGGGGACUAGACGGAUACAUCGCUUCCGACUGCGACGCCGUGGCCAUCAUGCGUGACGCGCAGAGGUAUGCGCAGACGCCAGAGGACGCCGUGGCACUAGCGCUCAAGGCUGGACUGGACAUCGACUGCGGUGCCUACAUGCAGCAGCACGCGGCGGCCGCGGUGCAGCAGGGGAAGAUCACGGAGGAAGACAUCGACAAGGCACUGAAGAACCUCUUCGCCAUCCGGAUGCGGCUGGGCCACUUCGACGGUGACCCCAGGAGCAACAUCUACGGAUCCCUCGGCGCCGCCGACAUCUGCACCCCCGAGCACAGGAGCCUCGCCCUCGAAGCCGCGCAGGACGGCAUUGUCCUCCUCAAGAACGACGCCGGCAUCCUCCCGCUCGACCGGGCGGCCGUUGCGUCCGCCGCUGUCAUCGGCCCCAACGCCAACAACGCCGGCCUGCUCAUCGGCAACUACUUCGGCCCGCCGUGCGAGUCCAUCACCCCGCUGCAAGGGAUCCAGGGGUACGUCAAGGACACGAGGUUCCUCGCCGGGUGUCCCAUGGCGGCCUGCCCCACUGCCGCGACGGACCAGGCGGCCACGCUGGCGAGCUCAUCGGACUACGUGUUCCUUUUCGUGGGGCUGAGCCAGCAGCAGGAGAGCGAAGGGCGUGACAGGACCAGCCUGCUGCUCCCCGGGGAGCAGCAGAGCCUCAUCACCGCCGUUGCUGACGCGGCCAAGAGGCCCGUCAUCCUGGUGCUCCUCACGGGCGGGCCGGUGGACGUGACGUUCGCCCAGACCAACCCCAAGAUCGGCGCCAUCCUGUGGGCAGGGUACCCUGGCCAGGCCGGCGGGCUCGCCAUCGCCAGGGUGCUCUUUGGCGACCACAACCCCAGCGGGAAGCUGCCGGUGACCUGGUACCCGGAGGAGUUCACCAAGGUGCCCAUGACGGACAUGCGGAUGCGCGCUGACCCGGCCACCGGCUACCCCGGCCGGAGCUACCGCUUCUACCAGGGGCCCACCGUCUACAAGUUUGGCUACGGCCUCAGCUACUCCAGCUACUCUCGCCACUUGGUCGCAGCUGGCGCCAGAAAGCGGCCACCCAACAUGGACUUGCUUGCAGACCUGAACACGAUGCCAACCGCGGAAGAAGGCGUCGCGAGCUACCAUGUGGAACAGAUUGGCGCCGAAGGGUGCGAGCAGCUCAAGUUCCCGGCCGUGGUAGAGGUGGAAAACCACGGCCCCAUGGACGGCAAGCACUCGGUGCUCAUGUACCUCCGGUGGCCCAACGCAACGGCUGGCCGGCCGGCAAGGCAGCUGGUGGGGUUCAGGAGACAGCAUCUCAAGGUAGGGGAGAAGGCCAGACUCAAGUUUGACAUCAGCCCGUGUGAGCAUUUGAGCAGAGUAAGGGAGGAUGGCAACAAGGUCAUAGACAGAGGUUCUCAUUUCCUCAUGGUUGACAAGCAUGAGAUGGAGAUCAGAUUUGAGGCCUGAGUUUAAGAUUGCAGGGAAGAAGUAGGGGUGGAUACAGUGUAAUUCUCUCAUUUUACAGUCUAUAUUGCAUUGUUCUGAUUGGAAACUAUGGUUUCUAGGCUGUACUGUAAGAGAUGUGUUCGCUGACACUUGAAAUAAAGA